ACACAGGGAAGCAGGUGAGGUCAAAUAAGACACGAUACUUAAUGCACUGAGCAGAAGAAGAAGAGAAAUUUAAUAGAGAAGAGAGAACAAAAAAUGGAAGGUAAUGGAGAAGAAAAGAAAAGCAGUAGAAGAGAAGAUGAAGAAAAAGAAGUUUACUACCCUCUUCUCAACUCUCCAUGUUCUGCCUUUCACAAAACUGUUCAAGCCAUCUUGAAGUGCCUUGGUCUUGAAUCAUCAUCCAUAUCACCAUCUUCAUCAUCAUCAGAAGACCCUGGAACUGGAACUGUUCAAGAAACGGGAUUUAUGGCGAUGGUUGCAAGAUUGAUAAGAAGGAGACCAAGACCACCUUACAGCUCAGGACAACCUGGUCAGAUCAACUGAUUAUGUUUUUGUGUUUGUGUUUGUAAUUUCCAUCUUAUUUGCUUUUUGUGAGCGGUUGGCUUAUUAGAAAUAAAACAAAACUUGGUCGACUCUUUUGUUAAUGAUCUACUGGUCAUAGGUUUAUUUUAUGUAUAGGAUAUCUUCUGUUGUUACCAUCUGUGUUAUUUUUUCGUCUU